AGUUACAGGACCGGACGUUAAUACCAGGUUGUACGGGGCUGGCGGAUCGGAGUGUCGGUGGGAGCGCCGGUGACCGUAAAUCAACUCGAUGUCUCGGCAGGAAGCUUCAGACGUGAAGACUGGUGCAGACUCUGACAGUGAGAGCCCGGAUUCCCAAGGGGAAGCAAGUGAAGCAUUGGAUGUUUCUGAAAUGGACUUCCUGAGGAACUUGCUGUCACGCUCCCUGGAUCUGCAGCAGGCAGUGCCCGAGCAGGUACUGGAGGAACGGAGCCUCAAAGGGAUCGCCAGGUACAUCCUCAACAAGAAAUGUGAGAACAUAAUCUGCAUGGUUGGAGCAGGCAUAUCAACGUCGGCAGGGAUCCCCGACUUCCGCAGUCCAGGAACAGGUCUCUACCACAACCUGCAGAAGUACGACCUGCCGUAUCCAGAAGCCAUUUUUGAGAUGGGCUACUUCAAGCAAAACCCCGAGCCGUUUUUUGCACUGGCUAAAGAACUGUACCCGGGACAGUUUAAGCCCACAGUCUCCCAUUACUUUAUACGGAUGCUACGAGACAAGGGACUGCUGUUACGCUGUUACACACAGAACAUUGACACUCUUGAGAGAGUAGUUGGGUUGAAAGAAGAGGACCUGAUAGAGGCGCACGGGACAUUCUUCACCUCCCACUGUACCAACAGUGCGUGCAGGAAGCAGUAUAACUUGGACUGGAUGAAAACACAGAUCUUUACAAAGCCCUUCCCGAAGUGUGAGGAGUGUGACUCCGUAGUGAAACCCGACAUUGUCUUCUUCGGUGAAAGUCUCCCCCAUCGAUUCUUUGCCACUAUGGAUUCUGAUUUUCCAAAAUGUGACCUUCUCAUCAUCUUGGGCACUUCUCUCCAGGUCCAGCCAUUUGCGUCUCUCAUUAACAGAGUGUCCAAGUCCACACCGAGGCUACUCAUUAACAAGGAGAUCAGUCGUCAGGGUGAUCCCAUGAUGGCACUUCUGGGGCUUGGGAAUUCCCUUGACUUUGAUUCUGAAAAAGCCUACAGGGAUGUAGCUUACGUAGGUUCCUGUGACGAUGGCUGUCUGGCUCUCGCUGAUCUACUAGGCUGGAAGGAGGAGCUUGAAGGAAUUGUGGAAAGGGAGCACGCUAUGAUAGACAGCAUGGCCAAAGGUACACAAGCCUCAGCCAGCCCCCAGGCUUCAGAGGAGAAGAGCAAGCAGGAGGCAGAGACAGACCAAGAAGCCUAAUGCCUAAAGAAAACAGUGGUUGCAGACAGACCACAGCCCCAAAUAACCAGGCCAGACAUCUGGCAGGGAAAGUCAGCUGUCUUACAAACUCCUCGGUACCUCAGGUGAAGUGCUAUGGAUCUUAACUGUAAAGAACUUCAUCCUCCCCUCAAUCCUGUGACAUCAAAUGCAAUCUUGUUACUCCGUCAAAAUAUAUAUUACAGGUUUGCUUUCU